AUGGGCAAGCCGACAAGCUCAGCAUCGCUUGGCCCAUCCCAACAAGCCCACCCAUUCUCGCUCUCUCGCUCUCUCGUUCUCUCAUCGGAUUCCAAACCGCUGUCCAUCAAGUACCGCUCGCUCCUCAUCACUCGACUCGCAUUCAUCAAGCCGUAUGUGAUGAAACUUCUUGCGCUGUUCGCACUAGGGUCUCCCGUGGUCGGGCAGACUGUGACCUCGACUGCCCUGGCUACGCCUGUCUCCCCAUCACCCUCAUCCGCAGCGCUAGCGACCUCGUCGAUAUUGCUCAACGGCGACCAGGCCCCAGGAAGUGCUGACACGCCACCCGCAACCUCUGUCCCAGUCUCCGUCAACAUUCAGCAAGACGGCAAGAACGUCACUAUUACUGGGACGCAGGAGUUGGGACUCGACAAGUUCUUCGGCAUACCGUAUGCCAACCCACCAACCGGGCAGUUUCGCUUCGCUCGUCCCCAGGCGAAACGGUACAACGGCAGUGUCCUGGCUCAGUCGCCAGGUCCGGCGUGCCUGCAGCCAGACGAGUUUGGGAGCGCGGGCUCCUAUGGCCUGACAAUGGACGAGGACUGCCUAAAUCUCAACAUCAUUGCGCCUGCCGGUAACCGAUCGUCUCUCCCGGUGAUGGUCUGGAUUCAUGGUGGUGCGUUCUACCUCGGCACAGGCGCGGCCACUCUUUCCUCAUCGUUUGUCGAAUAUGGAGCGCGCACCGCCCGUCCUUUUGUUUACGUUACAAUCAACUACCGGCUGGGUGUGUUUGGGUUCGGGCACGGCAACGUGGGCUUGUGGGACCAGCGACUGGCGUUGGAGUGGAUCAAGCGCCACAUCAAGGCGUUUGGUGGAGAUCUAAAGAAAGUCACAGCCUUUGGGCAGGGCGCGGGGGCAGCGUCGAUCGGCUUCCACCUGCUCAACAAGAGUCAGGACCUGUUCCGCGGAGCAAUCAUGCAGUCCGGGGCGCCAGGAGUGGCAGCCGUGCGCCCACCUGACGUGAUGGCCCGGACUGUGCAAACGCUAGCCAGUCUGGCAGGUUGCAACGGAACGGCCGGCGUUGGAGGAGCUGGUAACGCGUCGCUGGCCACACGAUCGGGGGAAGCGAACCGGGAAGGCAAGACAACGCUCCAGUGCCUCCGCAACCUCUCUGCACAGGCUCUGCUUGAAGCCGCCGCGCGCCUGAAGAAACUCCCAGAGUAUGCCAAGCAGGUCGAGUGGGCGCCGACGCGUGAUGGUGAGCUCGUGCCUGCGUCGCCGUUGUCUCUUCUUCAAGAUUGCAAGAUGUCCAAGAUCCCGUUCAUCUGCGGAACGAUGCGGGAUGAGGGCACUUUUAUGCUCGUCGACGCAAUGAAGCAGGUGACCAGCGGUGAUACUUGUGCGACCGGGAGUUGUCUCCCCAACUCGACAGGUUCGGGGUCUAUGAACUCGACGAACCCGGCUCCUGACAUCUCGCUCAUGUCGGCAUCCGACUACCUCGCCGCAUCCUGGGCUCUGUCGUCCAACUCGCAGCAAAGGAUCCUGCAGGCGUACCCGGACGACCAGGUGCUUGGCGCUCCCUUCGGCAGCGGGAAUAAGACCUUUGGCCUCCCAACCCAGUACAAGCAAGUGGCAGCGAUUCUCACGGACGGGCAGUGGACCAGCCGCAGCCGUGCAAUGCUCAGCGCAAACCGAAAGGCAUGGGGUUACGUGUUUGCGGCAGGGCCUCGUGAGAGUGCGAUCCACCCCGCGUAUCUGGGGUAUACGCAUGGGGACGACGUGGCGUACAUCAUGGGUGGGGUGACUACGACGACGCAUGGGCCGGGGGAUCUUGACUUGGCGCAGAAGGUGUUGAACUACUGGAUCAACUUUGCGUAUUACCUGAACCCGAAUGGCCAAGACAAGAAGGGCCAGGGCAACGCGGCGCUGUCGACGUUCUGGGAGGCGUAUGGCAACGGCGACGGCGGUGGCGACGGCGAUGGACGGAUCAUGAGGAUGAGCGCGAACGGGACGUGGAUGGUUUCGGACGACGCGCGGAAGAACCAGGUGCAAGUGUUCUUCUGCCCCAAGGUUGCGAGGGCGAUGUACUGGUAG